UCCACCGUGGGGCUUGAAUUUACGACCCGGAGAUCAAGUCACAUGCUCCACCGACUGAGCCAGCCAGGCGCACCUCAUCUCUGGGGUUUCAAAAACAAACGUAUUGUCUCAUUUCCAAACAUUGGGAGACGUUUUAGCCAUCUUCUUGCUUGCUAGCUUAAUCCCAGUGUUUAGAAGGAUAAACUAUGUGAUCUCAAUCCCUUGAAAUGUUUUGAGAUUUGCUUUACGCCCCAGCAUAUGGUCGAUUUUGGCAAAUGUCAUCUAUGACCUUGGAAAGAAUGUAUGUUCUGCACUUUCUGGGAGGAGAGUUCUGAGGAGAUCGUGGUAGAGAUUUGGUUCAUCAUGUCAUUCAAAUCUCUGGCCCUACAGGGUUUUUCCUACCUUUUCCCUCAGUUACCAAGAUAAACCUUUUAACCCCCAUGAGAUAUUUUUAUUCUUAUAAACAUCUAAUACUCAUUGGGAUUUAACUUUUCCAGCGCUCUUCAUUCCUUCCUGUGUUCCUGAGCUUCUGACUGGGGUCAUUUUCCUCUUACCUGCUGGUGAUGAGUUCUCUCAGCCUUUGUUUGUCUGAAAAUAUUGUUACUUUGUUUCCAGUUUUGAGGGAUAACUUCCCUGGGCUAAAAUUCAGUCUUGGCCUUCCUUCACUCAUCGAUUCCUUUGGUAAAUUCGAUGGGUGCCUGGCACAGGUGCCCGGUAUGUGCCAGGUGCCAGAGAUGCGAUGGUGGCCAAAGCAGGAAACGCCCUUGCUCUUUAAGAAGAGAAGGGAAGAGUGUGUCAGACAGGGAACCGGAGGUGCAAAGGCCCUGUGGCUGGAAGCAAUUGAGAUGAGGUCAGUGUGGGUGGAGAACAGAGGGUAAGAGCUGGAAUGGCAGGCUGCUCCUGGGCCAUAUGGGACCUCAUGGGGCCAUGGUGAGGAAGAAUGCUUUGCCUUCAUCCUUAUAGGAAUUGUCAGGCAUCUUGAAGCUCACCUGGACCUUGAAGGAUGGAUGUGAUGAAAAGAAGCAGAGAAUGGAGCAGAAACAUGAUGUGUUUUGGAACAUUGAAUAUUUGAAUACACCAAACACACAACAAACUCAUUUUUCUGGCUUAAAAAACAAUGGGAGCAGCCAGGAGACAGUGAGGGCGGGGACCUGUGCUGUUCCCUACUGUACCCGCAGCACACAGACGAGUUCAGCAAGUACCCGGCAGACCUCUGCGUUAUGACCCGGCUGCUGGGCUACGUGGACCCCUCGGAUCCCUGCUUCGUGGCUGCCAUCCUCACCAUCGCUUUCAAUCCGCUCUUCUGGAAUGUGGUUGCGAGAUGGGAACAGAAAACCCGAAAGCUGAGCAGGGCCUUCCGAUCCCCCUACCUGGCCUGCUACUCCCUGGGCGCUGUCAUUUUGCUCCUGAACGUUCUGCGCUCCCACUGCUUCACACAGGCCAUGCUGAGCCAGCCCAAGAUGGAGAGCCUGGAUAACCCCACGGCCUACCGCAUGGGCCUCGCGCUCCUGGGAGUGGGCAGCACGUUUGUGCUCUCCAGCUUCUUUGCACUGGGCUUCACCGGGACCUUCCUAGGCGAUUACUUCGGGAUCCUCAAGGAGGCAAGGGUGACCACAUUCCCAUUCAACGUCCUGGACAACCCCAUGUACUGGGGCAGCACGGCCAAUUACCUGGGCUGGGCCGUCAUAUGCUGCAGCCCAGCCCCUGUGGAGCCUCGGGGAUCCGAGGGGACUAAAAAACGUGGGACCAGCUGGACAGCAGGUGCCCCCAGGCUCUUCCAGCAGGCACGCCAGCCCCACCGGCCUGCUGCUGACCGCGGUUGUGGCCCUCGUCUACAUGGUCGCCAUCCUGUACGAGGAGCCCUUCACCACACAGAUCUACCAGCAGCAAGCCUCCCCGUCCCACAAGAGGAGCUGACCGGGCCUUUGGCCAUGUCGCGGAGCGUCUGCCACCUCCGGCCUGCCCCGAGUGCCAAGCCCUACAGCGGGGAGACGGGCCCCAGCCGCCGCUCGGUGUUGGUGCCCGGCGAGGGCCACUCCAGUGCCUUGGAAACCUCUGCCUUGGGGGCCCUGGACAUGCUGUCAUCUGGCCACUGAGCCCCCCUGCCCUGCAGCCCCCAGUACAUCCUAACUCACCAAUAAAGGCACCCUGACGCCAGCA